CUCCUACAUGCAACACCUCUAAAGGAAAUUCAUUAUAUUGUCGUGUUAUGUCACUACUCGAACUCAUGUUACUGCACUGGUUUGCUGAUUUAUAGAGGAUCUAAGAUCAAGGUUUACUAUUAAACAAGACUGAAGUGCUGUGGUAUUAAAAUUCAUCGUAUUAAGCAGACAAUGCCAGAGCUACUGGAACGGCUACCAAACGACCAGGUAGACCUCAAGAUAUUGUUGGUGGAUGGUUGUUCCCACAACUUCCUCUUCCUACCCUCAGCCAGCAGUAGGGAGAUCUCUCAACACAUUUACGAGCACUGGCCUGCAGAAUGGGAUAAGAAGAGCUCUGUGUUGAAGCCAGACAACUCACAAAUGCUGAGGUUCAUCUACCGAGGACGAUUUCUAGGACCAACAGUCACACUGUCUUCGUCGUCCAUUCCAGCUGGCAAGACAACCGUGCUACAUAUGGUGAUUAGAGAGACAAUACCAGAAAAUUCCUCGUCAGGUGUGUCCUCACAGUCGAAAGCUCCCGGACUACCUGAAAGCCGAUGCUGUGUCAUAUUGUGAACUGUUAUUAUUUCAUUUUAAUCAACACUACUAACAUACAUUUAUCAUUUAUCAUUUUAUUUAUUUUGCUUGCACAUUUGUCCGACCUUUUCACUCACUUUCUGUUGCAGAAAUUAUAUAAUAAUAAUAAAUCAUUUAUUGACAUCA